AUGUCGCUCCGGUUUUCUGGUGGUUCCUGGCGCACUGGCGUACAGUCUGCAACUGGGUCAGCCAGACCACCCAGCGGAGGAUUUGGAGGCAGCAGUGCAUGCGGCAGCUCUGUGGCUGGUGGCGGUUUUUCCUGUGCCCUGGGCGCCCCCAAUGUUGGGAGCCAUGCUGGAGGUGCCCUUGGAAAUGAACGGGGACUCCUCUCUGGGAAUGAGAAGGUGACCAUGCAAAACCUCAACGACCGCCUGGCCUCCUACCUGGAUAAUGUGCGAGCUCUGGAGGAAGCAAAUGCAGAAUUGGAGAGAAAGAUCAAGAGUUGGUACGAAAAAUAUGGCCCCGGAUCUUGCCGCGGACUCGAUCAUGACUACAGCAGAUAUCACCUAACCAUCGAGGAUCUUAAAAAUAAGAUAAUCUCUUCCACUGCUGCUAAUGCCAAUGUCAUUCUGCAGAUUGAUAAUGCCAGACUGGCUGCUGAUGAUUUCCGGCUAAAGUAUGAAAAUGAGCUCACCCUUCACCAAAACGUAGAGGCAGACAUCAACGGGUUAAGGCGCGUCCUGGAUGAGCUGACGCUUUGCAGGACCGACCAGGAGCUGCAGUUCGAAUCCCUUAGUGAGGAGAUGACCUACCUCAAGAAGAACCACGAGGAGGAAAUGAAGGCUCUGCAGUGCGCGGCGGGAGGCAACGUGAACGUGGAGAUGAACGCCGCCCCCGGGGUGGACCUCACGGUGCUGCUCAACAACAUGCGCGCCGAGUACGAGGCCCUGGCUGAGCAGAACCGGCGGGACGCCGAGGCCUGGUUCCAGGAGAAGAGCGCCACGCUGCAGCAGCAGAUCUCCGACGACACUGGCGCAGCCACCUCCGCCAGGACCGAGCUGACAGAGAUGAAGCGCACCCUGCAGACGCUGGAGAUCGAGCUGCAGUCCCUCCUGGCAACGAAGCGCUCCCUGGAGUGCUCCUUGACAGAAACCGAGGGCAACUACUGCACGCAGCUGGCUCAGAUCCAGGCUCAGAUCGGGGCCCUGGAGGAGCAGCUGCACCAGGUCAGGACGGAGACCGAGGGCCAGAAACUGGAGUAUGAGCAGCUCCUGGACAUCAAGGCCCACCUGGAGAAGGAAAUUGAGACCUACUGCCGCCUGAUAGAUGGAGACGGAAAUUCAUGCUCCAAAUCAAAAAGCUUUGGAUCAGAAAGCUCAGGAAAUUCAUCUAAAGAUUUAUCCAAAACCACACUGGUAAAGACGGUGGUCGAAGAGAUAGAUCAACGUGGUAAAGUUCUUUCAUCCAGAAUUCAAUCCAUUGAGGAAAAGACAUCUAAAAUAGCCAAUGGCAAGACAGAACAAAGGGUUCCCUUCUAGCUCUCAUUUUAGAGAAAAGAAUAAUUUGAGAAAGGAUCUGGCACCACUGCAUUAUUUUAAAUAUGAGGGAGAAAUAGAAAACAAUUUCUACUCUUAAAGUUCCUUAGCAAAAAUAUCUGUUUUCUUAAUAACUUUUACAGGAUGUUGGGUGUUUGGUUUCAAAUAAGUAAAAAAGUUGCUAUGCACACAUUUCUGUUUUUUGAAGACUAUUAAAUACUUAGUUGUGAUUUUUUUUCUUAGGGAGAUACUUAUGGAAUACAUUUUAACUCAAUUUCACUCAAGUUUUAAUAAUAGUCGGUACCAGCACUUGACAUUUAAAUAUUAAACAUUCACUAGGCAUAAUCUUGAAAGCCCAUGCGUCUGGGCAGGUGGAUAAGUCUGGAAAAACUCAGAAAUUCUGCAACUGAAAAGUUUACCUCUAGAUGGCACACAUAUGGCAUUUUACCAAGCUCCUAUCUCCAGUUCUUCUAGGACCACUGGAUACUUCCCAGGACAGGUUUCUCAUCUAAACAGGAAAAUCUCAAAAAGUUCCAUUCAUUAGCCUCAUGUUAAUGCCUUUUUUCCUAAAGCAAUUUGGAAGCUUUUUCUGUGAAGGCCCAGAGAGUAGAUGUUUUAGGUCUUGCAAUCAUAAAGUUUCUCUGUUUAACACUCAACUUGAUCAUUGUAACAGAAAGCA